CCAUAAAAUUUUAAAAAAUUCAAUACUCCCACCCUUUACAACUCAUUACGCGUCACCACCGAAACUUCCGGUAAACCUGCCACUUUCUCUCUCUUCCUUUUUCUCUCUCCUCUUCACCCCAUCACUUCCUUUUUCUUCUCCUCAUUUCUUCCUCCUUCCUCUCACAUUGUUCUUCCUUUUACUCUCUCUAUACUCUCUCAAGUAAAAACCAAAAAAAAAAAACUCCACAAAAAAAGCAAAAAAAAAAAGAAAAAUUCAUGUCUGAUCAUAAUUUGUAGGAGAGCGAAAGAGAAAAACUCCGGCGAAUUUUCGUCAUGAUUUCCCGAUUUACCCCUGAUUUUCCGGUGUAUUUCAUCUUCUAUUCAUCUUCUUCCGGUCGUUCUCUCAUCGGCGCUAACCACACCUCCUCCAGAUUUUGCUCUCGUUAGAGUUUUGUUUCUCUCUCUAACUUUUUUAUUUCUCUUCAACUGCACAGCAAGCAUAAACACUGAUUUUUUUGAAUCGAUUUUUUUUUGUUUUUCAUUGAUUAAACACAGUAUUGUUAUUAGAACUGUAAAGUAAUCAGAUUAAUUUUUUUUAAAUUUUUUUUUUUGAUUUUUUUUGAAUUUAUUUCGAAUUUCCUCCAUGAAGAAGCUUCCACACAGUACGGAAAGUGUGUUAAUGGAGUCGCCGAUGAAGCCGAGCUUCUUGCGAAACUUUCUGGUGAAGAUUUUAUUAUUCUGUGUCUUCAUCAUAGGCUUUCGAUUUGCUUACGUCGUAACAAUUCGAGGCGAAUCUUGUGACGUCGGCGAUUUCUGCUUCUUUUCGUUGCCGGAAACCUUCAAUUUCGCCGGAACGACGACAAUUUCCGCCGUUUCGUCCUCUGUUAUCGCUACUGACGACGUCGUUUCCUCUGAUAAGGAAACCUCAAUUUACGCGAGCAAAAAAUGGCGGAAAUCGGUGCAAUACUACUCUUCGGUGUUCCAGGAUCUAAUUUCCGACGGUUUUCUCUCUCCUCAAUCGAAGUCUCUCUGCGUCGAUACGCCGUUAGGUCAAGAGGUCUUCGCAUUGAGAGAGCUCGGUGUUUCUGACGCCAUUGGCGUAUCUAAGAAAGCGUCGAAACCGUUGGUUGUUUCUUUGAAGGACUCAGGGCGUCGUCAGCCGUUUGAAGAUAAUGCGUUCGAUAUCGUGUUCUACGGUGGAGGUGGAAAGAUUGAUGAAUUGAGCAAAUUUUCGGAAGUUUCGGAGGAAAUUGGAAGAACACUGAAGCCCGAAGGGUAUUUGGUUGUUCAUACAAGAACAAAUGAUACUUAUAGUUUACAUUCCUUUAUUGCUUUAUUCAAUUGUUGCACAUUCAUUAAGUCCCGUGAAAUUCAUGGAUUUUCUGAUGAGAAUGAUGAUGGUAGUGGUAUAAUACGUGAGAUUGUGAUGAAGAAAGAAGAACAUGGUUCUGUGUAUAGUAAAGAAUGCUCUGUUGUACCAGGGUACAAGCAAGAGAUAGUUUCGAAAGCGGAGAAAUUGAUAGGGAAGGAACCUUUGAAACCUUGGUUAACACUGAAAAAGAAUAUACAGAAUGUGAAGUAUCUACCUUCAAUGGUGGAUAUUAGCUUUAAGAGUAGAUACAUAUAUGUAGAUGUAGGAGCUAGGAGCUAUGGUUCGAGCAUUGGGAGUUGGUUUAAGAAGCAGUACCCGAAACAAAACAAGACUUUCGAGGUUUAUGCGAUUGAGGCUGAUAAGUCUUUUCAUCAGGAAUAUGAAGCUAAGAAGAAAUGGGUGAAGUUGUUGCCUUAUGCUGCCUGGGUGAAGAAUGAGACCUUGUAUUUCGAGGUUAAUCAUGAUCCUGGGGAUGAUCCUGAGGAGAAAGGAAGUAAAGGGCGAGGAAUGGGAAGGAUUAAGCCUGUGCAAUCACAUGAUGGAGUGUCGAGUGGUGUCGAUAAGAUUGUGGGGUUCGACUUUGCUCAGUGGUUGAAGGAGACUGUGACAGAGAGAGACUUUGUGGUGAUGAAGAUGGAUGUUGAAGGCACGGAGUUUGAUCUUAUCCCUAGGUUGUUUGAGACUGGGGCAAUUUGCUUGAUUGAUGAGAUCUUCCUCGAGUGUCACUAUAAUCGGUGGCAGAGGUGUUGCCCUGGUGAAAGGAGUGCCAAGUAUGAGAAGACAUAUGACCAGUGCUUGAACCUGUUUACUUCGCUCAGAGCGCGUGGUGUUCUUGUUCAUCAAUGGUGGUGAUUUCUGGUAACAGGCUAUAUACUUGGUUGUUUAUGUAACUUUCUUAUACUUUGUCAAAAUGCUUUGUUUACCUGCAAUGCGGUUAAUGUCCUAGUUUGUGUAGUUAAUUCUCAGUUAUAGAGUUGCUUGGAAAACUUUACUUGUUAGUGAAUUAUUCCAGAUUUUCAGUAAUACCAAGUUCUUUGGUUUGUUUCUUUUAUA